AUGACUUUACUAAGUAGAGGAAUGAUUAAACUUAUACCACUACUAUGUUCAGUGGUCUCGGGAAUGAUAAUUGCAAUCAUUUGGAGGAAUUACGAGCAAACCAUAGUUGAAGUACAGAGUUAUCAAAAUCAUAUAUAUGGUCGCCUUAAAGAUACUAAUUAUAACGAUUGGUUAAAACAAAAGUCUAUUAAAAGACAAAUUCUUUCAGAAGAGUUCGUCAAAUUUGAAUUAUUGGACAAAAACCAGAGGAAUGUAAUGCUUGAAUCAGAAUAUCUGUUCAAAAAAGUUCGGGUACUUUGUUUGGUAUUAAGCAAAUCAAGAAAGGGUUCUCAGGCGGUGCGCCUCACGUGGGCUAACCAUUGUAAUGAUGUAAUAUUUUUCGGAUCAUUUUCAGACCACAAGAUACCAGUCAUGAAAUAUCCGCCAACAAGUAGUCACUCGUCUUUUUGUUAUUCUUUCAUCACUACUUGGCAUCAAUUUUGUGGUCAAUUUGAUUGGCUUUUGAUUGCAUACGACGAUACAUAUGCAGUGAUAGAGAAUCUGAGACAAUAUGUGGCACCCCUUAACUCUAGUCAUGUCUAUUAUUUAGGUCGUGCUGUCAAACAUUAUUUUACUGGAGUUUACAAUUCGGCCGAUGCGGGUAUUGUCUUGAGUAAAGGCGCCGCUCAGGUCAUCAAAAAUGUUUUUUCUAAUUAUAGUGUUUGCAACUUAACAUACAUUAAAGGCAUCCCAAGUGUUUCAUCAAAUUUUCAAGUAUCACUGGCUAUCAUUUUAAGUCAUUUUGGAGCUAAUCCAGUUGAUACCCGUGACUCAAGAAAUAGAGGACGAUUUCACUCAUUUCCACCAGAAAAACAACUGAUUCCGGGAAUGAUAUCAAUUUUUAAUCCCUAUUGGAGAAGCAGUCUGUUUCUUGAACCAGAAGGUACUCAAUGUUGUAGUGAUGUUAGCAUAACAUUUAAUGGCAUACAACCGGCCAUCAUGUAUCUGACUGAGUAUUUGUUGUAUCAUAUGUCCAUUUUCACCCACAGUCCUCUAGGACUCGGCAACAAACCUCCGCCUUACAGCUCUUACAAAGUCGACUCUGAUUUAGACAAGAAAUCAUUAGACAAAUUGUAUAAUUCAAUAGAAAUGGGAACCCCUUUAAUACAUGUUAUUAAUAAACACAACACAAUCGACAAAUCAGAAAAAUUUAAAUCAAUUUCUAAUUUUUUAAAUGACUUUUUCAAAAGUUAA